AACACCUCAGUGAUCUACUGAUGAACACACAAUUCAAGCUGGAGAAACUAGAGUUAAACUGCAUCAGUAUUACAGAUGAAGGUUGUGCUGCUCUGGCAUCAGCGUUUAAUUCAAACCUCAGAGAGCUGGAUCUGAGCAGGAAUCAAAUAGGAGACUCUGGAGUGACAGAAAUCUCCAGUCUGCUGAGAAAUUCACAGACACUACAGAUACUCAGACUUUCAGACUGCAGUAUCAGUGAAGAAGUUUAUAAAGCUCUGUCUUCAGCUCUGAGAUCAAAUCCUUCACACCUGAUAGAGCUGGAUCUCACAGAAAAUGAUCCUGGAGAAUCAGGAGUGAAGCAGCUCAGUGAUUUACUACAGGAUCCAAACUGUAAACUCAAGACUCUGAGGUUUUUGGGUCCUGCUGCAGAUGAAGGCUGUCAGUAUGUGACAGGAAUUGUGGGUAAAAACCCAUUACUCCUGAGAGAGCUGGAUCUGAGUAAACAUAAACUAGGAGACAGAGGAGUGAAUCAGAUCUCUGCUCUACUGCAGGAUAAACACUGUACACUCAACACACUGAUGUGAGUAUC